AACUAAAAUUUGGGCUCUGAAAUAAGUGGCAACCUUACCAAUGGAAAGACUCGGCACUUAAUGUACAGCAAUAAUGAAAUCAGAUCAAUUCGUGGCUUACCCUUGAGCACUUCAUUUUAAAUAAAAUCGAUGCCGUGAUUUUAGGACGAGCUCCAACAAAUGUUUUAACUGUGUCAGUGUGUGUGUGUGAUUGUUCGUGCGAUUUUUUAGACAACUAAGCGAGAAAAAAAAGUGACCAAAAAUUAGCUGAAACCCUUUGUGCGAUUUACGUUGGAGAUAGUGUGGAAAAUAUCAGGGUAUGAAACUCAUAAAUUGCGGCUAAUCGGGAAUUCGGGGGAUCGAUCGCAAAGGCAUCGCGCUAAUUAGGCAAACUGUGCUAAAGAGCAAGAGAAACUGCAAGCGUGCACUAACUGUAAAAUACACCAUAUAAACAAACCUGAUGAUAGAGCAGAAAGCUGAGCAAUGUUGAAAAGACGCCGAAGUAAACAGCAGCAACAACAACAAGAACAACAGUCUCAGCAACAACCACAACAACAAGAAGAACAACAGUCUCAGCAACAAUUAUAAGCACGCACAAGUAUCAGACAAUUGGCAACAUGUUGCCGAACCUUGGGCACAUGCUGCUAGUGCUUGCUGCCAUCCCCGUCUUGGCCAUGGGAUCGACGCUACCCAAUACGACGGCCGAGUUCAAGGAGUGCACCAGCAUUGACAUACGCAACGAGUGCAACAAAAUGAGUCUAUUAGACAACUGUACAGUUGUUACUGGCUAUGUGAUGAUAACGCUGAUACCCAGUCAAAAAUGCAAUUAUAGCGCGUAUUCGUUUCCCAAAUUGCGCGAGAUCACGGACUUUAUGAUAUUUACUGAAGUGCGCAACUUGACUGGCAUCAGGCAUAUGUUUCCCAAUCUUACUGUGAUACGCGGCCGUCGGCUGUUCCUUAAUUAUGCCCUGGGCGUGACCAGCAUGCCUGAUCUACAGCUGCUGGAAUUUAAAUCGCUGGUGGCCAUUCAACGCGGACACGUCUACAUCGGUAGCUGCCCCAAGCUUUGUCAACUGGAAAGAGUCAAUUGGGAUCGACUCACAUUGAGCGCCGGGGAGAAUCACAUCGUGCUUGGAUCCAACAACUGCACACAACGCGCCACCUGCAAUGGCUGUCCAUCCAAGUAUUGCUGGUCAAAUAUUACGUGCCAGAGCUUUGAGAAUGAUAAUGUGGUGCAUCAUGAUCGAAACUUAGACGACUGCCACGAGGAGUGCCUGGGUGGCUGCUACAAUUCCUCGGCCGCGGGCUGUUUUGUCUGUCGCGGACUAACCAAUGCCGGGGUUUGCGUAAAACGUUGCCCGCCCGACAAGUAUGUGCUGGAGCAGUAUCAACGCUGUUACACCCGUGACGAGUGUGUGGCCCACCAUGGGCACUUUACGUUUGGCUUUGAGUGCGUCGCCUUCUGCCCGAGUGGCCACAAGGCCGAUGCCAAGUCGGAAUGCGUGCGCUGCGAUCCGCUGGAGCCUUGCGUGAGCGUCUGUUCUGCGGAGCAAUCCGAUGGCAUGAUUGCCAUAUACAAUUUGGCCGAUGCGGAGGAUCUGCGCGGUUGCCAGAUUGUCAACGGCAGCCUCAUCAUCACCAUACGCAAUCAAGUCAAUGAGGAGCAGCUGGAGCGCAGUUUUAGCAGUAUACGUGAGAUACGUGGACACCUCAAGAUCUACCGAUCCUCGCAGCUGAGUAGCCUGAAGUUCCUUAGCAAUCUGCGCCUCAUACACGGCGAUCCGCUAGAGAAUCGACACUACGCCUUUAUACUGUACGAUAACAAGCAGCUGACCGACUUGUGGGAGCCGGCGGUGGACCUGGAGUUUGUUAAUGGCGGCAUGUUUAUGCACCGCAACAAUAAGCUGUGCAACAAGCAUAUGAAGGACUUUCAGUUGAGCGUAACACACGACAAGGUGAUGGACUCGCUGCAGACCAGCGAUCAGGAAGUCCUUUGCGGCCCGGCCAAGCUGCAGUUGUCUGUCCAGGCACGCUCCCAUCGUACGCUGCAGCUAAGGUGGCCAAAAUCGCAGAUGAGUGUGGAGCUGGAACUAAUUUACAGAACAGUGCCGCUGGGCACAGUUUAUGCAGAACAGAGUGAGUUAGAGGCGCCCGUCUGUACGCGCAUCAAUUGGCAGCGUCUGUUGCUAUUUGUGGACGACCUACAAGAUAAUGGCACGUACUACAGCUAUCGACUGGAGCAACUGGAGCCGCAUACACGCUACGCCUGCCUGUUGCGCAUCUUUGGUGGCGAUGUCCAUCAGGAAGCGCGUAGCGAUAUGAUCUACGUGGAAACGCAACCGGACAUACCAAAGCCUCCAACUUUGGCCGUUACCAAGAAAACGGACAAUAUGCUGACGCUACGCCUUAGCGGCCAGGAGCAUGACUAUUAUAUGUUGAGCGUUUACAAUCUGACCGACGAUGCGGCCUAUAUUGAUCAACGCGACUACUGCCGGCAACCGGCGUUUCAGUGGCAGGACAUGGACGGAGCGCGUUGGCGCUCGCUAAAAGAAUUUGACUACGACGAAUGCUGUGCGCGUCAGGCGGAACUGGCCGAUGAUCAGCACUUUAUAGAAGAAAUGGCCGCCAUGUAUCGCUGCAACCUGGAUGCGCCCGGCAACUGUCCGGCCCCAGAGACGAAGCUCGGGCAGCAGUUACGUUUAGCGGCCAAUACAACGGUGUAUGAGCUGCGCAAGCUGGAGCGAUAUCGUUUGUACUCACUGCAAUUGCAGGCAUGCAACUCGCUCGGCUGCAGUAGCUCAGCGAUAGUGAACGAACGCACAAAUUUCACAUUGGGCGCGGAUCUGGUGUUGGAGCUGAGCGCAUGCCGUGUACCCAAGACAACCGAGUACAUAGUUCGCUUUACAGAGCCGGUACAGCCGAACGGGGCGAUUGUCAACUACGUUCUGCACUACCGCAACAAUGUGUCCGAGCAGGUAGCGGAAACGCACCUAAGCUGCCUGACACGACGAGCUCAUGCCCAGGCGAACUAUGUGCAUGCGGCCCAAUUAAACGGCACCUACAACGAGUGCGCCGUACGCGUCCACUCGCUAGCUGGCGAUGUAAUCACAAGCUAUGUGCCUGUACCGUGGUGCAACAAGGAGCAGAGCAUGAUCCCAGCAACAAAAGCUACUGACAAACCGCAGAUAGAUAAUGAUGCUGUGAUGAAGAAGCCAGCAGAGGAACAGGACGAGGAGGUGACUCACUCGCAUGUACAUGGCGUGAGCAUAUUCGUGAUUUGCUUUUUGUUUGGGUGCUCCCUGUCACUGGUUUGGCUUCUGUAUAAGCGACGCUGCUGGCCCAAGUGGCCGGGACUGCGGCGCUAUGUGCCGGUGCGAGAGCAGUGGUUGCGCGAGCGCCAGCAAACCGAGGAUCGUGAAAUACUCGUCGAUGGCUUUGAGACGGUGCGUUUUCAGAACAACAACAACAACAACGGCAGCAGCCUCAACAAUGUGUACUAAUUUUAAAUGUGAAUGUGAAAAUGUAUUUAACUAUAAAUGUCAACUUACCAUAUAGUUUAA